GAUCCUUCCAUUAGAGGGCUCUGUGGUGUCCUCUCAUCAAUGGCCAUAUUGAACAGCUGCAGUUUGCUUCAACAUCUUUUUUGGCCAAGUCAUCAAUAAAGUUCAACACUACUCAUGACCUCUGACGACAAUGACAUAUGAAGAUACCAAGCCGAUGCCCAUUGCCAUUGUAGGCUUCGGGUGCCGAUUUCCAGGCGACGUCACGAACGGCGAGAAACUAUGGCAGAUGUUGGUCGAGAAGAAGUCCGCUCGCACCGAUGUACCUCCAGACCGCUUCAACGUUGAUGCAUUUUACAAUCCCGAUGGGGAUCGUUUCGGGACGUGCAACAACCGCGGCGGGCACUAUCUCGCUGAAGAUGUUUCGUUGUUCGAUGCGCCGUUCUUCUCGAUAUCGCCAGCCGAAGCUAUGGCCAUGGACCCCAUGCAGCGGUUACUGCUCGAGGUAACAUACGAGGCAUUGGAAAACUCAGGGACGCCACUAGCCCGAGUCUCCGGAUCCCAGACUUCAUGUUAUGUCGGUUGCUUCACAAAAGACUACGAGGAGAUGCAACGGCGAGAUAUGGAGCUAGCACCCAAGUAUCAAUCAACUGGCGCUUCGCAGACGAUGCUAUCGAACCGACUGAGUUACUUCUUCAACCUGAAAGGCCCGAGUGUGAGCAUAGACACAGCCUGCAGCAGUGGACUCGUUGCUGUGCAUUUGGCUUGCCAAAGCCUGCGCACUGGUGAAAGCUCCAUGGCGAUCGCGGGAGGAAGCAACCUCAUAUUGAGUCCUGACAUCCAGAUCGAAAUGAGCGACAUGCACUUCCUGAGUCCAGACUCAAUAUCGCACGCCUUUGACGACCGAGCCAAUGGCUAUGCGCGAGGGGAAGGUGUUGGCGCGAUCAUACUGAAGCCAUUAGAUCUAGCUCUACGCGACAACGACCCCAUUCGAGCCAUCAUUCGCGGCACGGCUGCCAGUUCAGACGGACGAACGCCGGGCAUCACGAUGCCUUCGAAAGACGCACAGGUCGAUCUUAUACGCUCAGCAUAUCGCGCCGCAGGGAUCGACGUAAGUGAGACGGGAUACUUCGAGGCGCAUGGUACAGGGACGGCUGCGGGGGAUCCUAUAGAAAGUGGAGCAAUUGGCGAGGUGUUUACCGCGAGCCGUCCCCACCGCAUCUCUGCGACAACCGAGGGAGUUGUUCCUCUCUCCAUUGGCUCGGUCAAGACAAAUAUGGGUCAUUUGGAGGGAGCUAGCGGCAUUGCUGGGCUUAUCAAGGCCAUGCUAAGCGUCGAGAAGGGCAUGAUUGCACCAAACCUUUGGUUCAGCCGGGGCAACCAAGCCAUCGACUUUGAAGGAUGGCGGGUCGAAGUGCCCACAGAGCCUAAAGAGUGGCCCCUUGACGGUCUGCGGCGCGCAAGCGUGAACUCAUUUGGUUACGGUGGAACCAAUGCUCACGUCAUUCUUGACGAUGCACAUCACUUUCUUCAAAGGCAUCAUCGCUCAGCACGUCACAGAAGGAACGACUCCGGUUUCGUCAGCCCUGUGAGUGACGACUCCUUCAGCAACCAACCGAGAUCGCGUCUCUUCCUACAAUCUGCCAACGAUGAGCGAAGUCUUAUCCAGAUGGGCCAAGAUCUGUCGAAACACCUUCAACGUCAGGAUGUCUUCGACGAAGAGCAGCUACUGGAUAAUCUGGCGUACACAUUGUGUGAGCGUCGAUCACAAUUCCCCUAUUGCUCAGCGAUUGUUGCGACGGAAAAGCUCGAUCUGGAAAGCAAACUGCAGGACGUUCGACCAAGCUCUGCUGGUGGCGUAACAUCACAGCGGAUAGGCUUCAUAUUCACUGGCCAAGGCGCUCAGUGGUGGGGUAUGGGAAGAGAACUACUCCAUUACCCCGUCUUCCGGAAGAGCUUACAACGAUGCGAAUCUGUCGUGAUCAGUCUGGGUGCCGGAUGGUCACUGAUGGAAGAGCUGCUCAAAGACAAAGCUACCUCGCGGGUCAACGAAGCGACGUUUAGCCAGCCACUUUGUACUGCUCUGCAAAUUGCAUUGGUGGAUUUGCAUGCAUCGUGGAAUGUUCGUCCGCAGAGUGUAGUUGGCCACUCCAGUGGCGAGAUCGCUGCUGCAUAUGCCACCGGUGCGCUGAGCCUUGAGUCGGCGAUGACCGUCGCAUAUUUCCGAGGUUUAUUGUCGCCAAAGGUCAAGAGUAUGGGACUUGAGGGACGAAUGAUGGCGGUUGGCCUGUCCGAAGAUGAUGCAAAGACCGAGAUUGCAGAGUUGGGUAAGGGUCUUGGCAAAGCUGUCGUAGCUUGUGUGAACAGUCCGCGUGGCGUUACCAUCUCUGGCGAUGUUGCUGCCAUUGAGAAUUUACAUAAGGCUCUGGAGGCCAAAGGCGUAUUUGCGCGGCUGCUCCAAGUGGAUACUGCCUAUCAUUCCCACCACAUGCAGGCGAUCGCGGAGGAGUAUCUUGCCCGUCUCCAAGAGGCACAGGUCGCAACGAUUAAGACUGAUGGGCGAGUUUCAAUGUACUCUUCCGUGACGGAAGACGUGAUCAGUCCAGACCAGCUCGGUGCCGAGUACUGGGUAUCGAACCUCGUCGGAAGCGUGCGCUUCUCUAGAGCGUUGGCCAAGCUGUGCACCUCAGACUCACAGGAUGGGAAGACUGCUGUGGAGAUACUGCUUGAGGUUGGACCACAUGCCUUGUUCAAACUCCCAGUCAAAGAAAUCCUCGACGCCACUUUCGACCAGAAACCGCAAAUACAGUAUCUUUCCACGCUCAUUCGCAACAAGCCUGCCGAUACGACUGCGCUCGAAGCAGCCGGCCAACUAUUCGCUCACCGAUAUCCGGUCGAUCUGCACGCCAUCAAUUUCCCGACCGAACCCAAGCAGCCACUAUCCGUGCUCACCGAUCUUCCCCAAUAUCCCUGGAACCACACCCGCCGCUACUGGUGGGAGUCGCGCCUUAGCCGAGACUACCGUUUCCGACGGUCUGGUAGGACCGAUAUCUUGGGCGCACCGGUCAAUGACUGGAACCCAAUGGAGCCUAGGUUCAGGAACUUUAUGCGCUUGCGCGAGCAACCGUGGCUGCGGGAUCAUGUCGUUCAAGGCGAUGUGCUGUUCCCGGCGUGUGGGUACUUGUGCAUGGCUAUUGAGGCGUGUCGGCAGAUGUGUACUAUCUCGCCGUCUAAUUUCCUUCCGCAGGGCGUCAGUAGCGCGGCUGAGUAUCGACUUCGCGAGGUCAACAUUUCGCGCGCACUUGUUGUGCCGGAGGCUGAUGAGGGUGUUGAGACUUGUUUCUCUAUGAAAUGCAACGCCAUUCACGGUGGGCCAUCAUCGCCAGUCUGGCACGACUUUCGCAUUUUCUCCUACACUGCAGAUGGAGGCUGGGUAGAGAACUGCCGUGGCUUGGUCUCGGUAUCAGGCCAAUCUACCUCGGACGAACAGCUCGCUCAGGACUGUGUCAAUGACUGGAAUACCGUGUACCCAGCUGGCGGACACAAAAUGGACGUCAAAUCAUUCUACCGCAGUAUCGACGCCAUUGGUCUUACGUACGGACCAAUGUUCCAGGGUCUGAAGGAUAUUUGCAUCAACCCGCAAGUUCCUGGCAAAGCCGCCGGAGUCGUUCAGGUCACUGAUACAAAAUCGAACAACCCAAAGGGGUUCGAGUAUGACCGCCUGUUACACCCAGCUACCUUGGAUACAUUCUUACAACUAGGCCUGGCUGCACUUGGCGGUGCUGAGCUAAACCAGCUCGAUGGCGCCAUGGUGCCUACGUUCAUCGAAGAAAUUUCUAUAUCCGCCGAUAUUGCAGCCCAGAUCGGUGACUGUCUCAACGUUGUCGUGAAUGCUCAACGCUGCGGCGCACGACAAGCUACUGGAGAUAUCUUCGCGCUGGAUCCGAUUACUUCGCAGCCGGUUAUUCUUAUGGACGGUUUCAAGUUCAUCGCCAUCAACUCCAGCAGCGCAUCUGAUGAGCAGGCGCCACCACCAAAACACUGUUAUAAAGCAGUGUGGGAGCCAGAUGUAGAACUCAUCGAUCGCGAACACCUCAACCGCGAGCUUCAAGCAGCACCGAAGCCAGACCACCGCCCGAAGACUGUAAGAGAGCUGGAACUGCUCUCAUACUACUUCAUUGACAGGGCACUGCAAGAAGUCGCGCCGACUGAGGAGUCAACCAUGCUGACACAUCAUCAAAAAUUCUAUCGCAAUUUAUGCGAGCUUCGCGAUGCAGUGCUAACGAAGACACAUCCCCAACAGACAGAUGAGUGGCAACAGCUGCACAGCCCAGAAGUUUCAUCGAAGCUUGAGACCAUGGUAGAAUACUACCGCAACCAUGAGACGGCUUAUGAUGGCAAGCUUCUUGUUCGUGUUGGUGAAGCUCUCCCAGCCGUGUUCCGGCAGGAGGUCGAGCCGCUUGCACUGAUGACACACGAGAACUUACUGGAGGACUACUACACUACCGCUGUCGGCAUGCCAAAUACAUAUGCUCAGAUCUCACGCUACACCACAAUGCUUUCGCACAAGUACCCCAAUCUGGACUACCUCGAGAUCGGCGCUGGCACUGGUGGUGCGACAGUUCCGACGCUGGAAGGCUUGAGCGGUUGUGAAGACCUCCACAGAUACCCUCGCCUAAAGUCGUAUACCUACACCGACAUCUCAUCCUACUUCUUUCAGCGCGCCGCGGAGAAGUUCGAAGAGUUUGCACAGUUCAUAAACUUCAAGAAGCUGGAUGUUGAGCAUGAUCCAGAAACGCAAGACUUCAAGUCAGCUUCUUACGAUGUGAUCGUUGCGGCGAACGUGCUUCACGCCACAUCAGACAUGCAUCGCACCAUGGCGCAUGCGCGGAAGCUUCUUCGGCCAGGAGGAAGACUAAUCCUUCUUGAGAUGACGAAUCGUCUCCUUGCUGCUUCAGUCAUCUUCGGCACCUUACCUGGAUGGUGGAAUGCAUCAGAAGAGUGGCGGACUGGUGGACCUCUGCUCACCGAGAGCCAGUGGGAGAACUUGCUGCGCUCGACAGGGUUCAGUACCCUUCAAGCAAGUAGUCCCGACGUCUUGGAUCCGCUCGAGGAGGGCACAAGGCUGAUGAUUGCAACUGCCGUUGAAGCAAAGCCGACGCUGUCAAAUGGCGUGAUCACUCCACCAGAAAGACCUCGCUUCGUCAUCUUGUGCGCCGACUCACGCAUCCGUAUGAGCAGAUUGGACAUGCCGUUGGCUCUCAAGAACAGCCUGGAGAAGUCUGGCUUCCAAGCACAGCUCGUGUCGCUCUCCAAGCUUGGCCAACAGGAUCUCACUCGUACCAUCUGCGUCAGCUUCGUCGAGCUUGAAGAGCCCCUGCUCGCUGAUCUCACUUCAGAAGACAUUAGGGCCCUUCAAAAUAUCGCCGAGGCAUCGGCAGGGUUGAUCUGGAUUACACGAGGCGCAGCAUCUUCAGAUGUUGAACGUCCCGAGCUUGCAGUUUUUCAAGGCCUGGCUCGCACGUUACGAGCUGAGAAUGAGAGCUUCAAGUGCAUCACAGUCGAUUUGGACGUGAGGAGAAACUUGCCUGCUUGUCAUGUCGCUGACUUACUUCUUGGCGUCUAUGAGAAGCAGCUAAGUUCUGAAAAGAGCGCUAGUCUGGUCGAUAGCGAGCUCGUCGAGCAGGACGGCGUUCUUCACAUCAAGCGUGCAAUUGAAGAUAAGAAAUCGAACGAGUUCUUGGUUGGUCGGACUGAUGCAGCGGCUUUACAACCGCAGAUGGAGAAUGUGCUACAAGACGGUCGCCCACUAAAGCUCAGCAAGGCCAACACUAGCGUGUCAGACGCGGCUAUAUUCAAAGAGGAUAUGAUCUUUGCGCAACCCAUACAAGCCGGCGAAGUUGAAAUUGAGGUUCGCGCUACUAGUCUCAGCUCCAAGGAUACCGAGAUACUGGAUGUGGAACACUUCGAUGGCAAGCUUGGCCAAGAGUGUGCGGGUAUCAUCACAAAAACCGGCCCUAACGUGGCGCACCUUUACGUCGGUGAUCGAGUGGCAGUAUGGUAUCCAGGGACGUUUGCCACCCAAGUGCGCGUGCCAGCAGCUUUUGCGCACAAGAUACCCAAUGACAUGGCUUUUGAAGUCGCAGCUACACUACCACAGGCGCACGCGAGUGCUCACUAUGCCUUGAACCACAUCGUGCAUCUACGACCUGGUGAGACCGUUCUCAUUCACGAGGCUGCAGAUCCUGUAGGCCAGGCUAGCAUCGAGACUGCAUUGAAGGCGGGCGCGAAGAUCUUUGCCACCGUGAGAUCCGACGAAGAGAAGACCUACCUUGCCAAGACUUAUGGCAUCGAAGAAACCCGUAUCUUUUCCAGCCUCGAUCUCAAGUUUGUCACUGCGCUUCGGCGCGCAACCAAAGGCCGCGGUGUUGAUGUCAUCUUGAACACUUUGACUGGUGAGGCACUACAGGCGACGUUCAGUUGCGUCGCUUCUUUUGGCAAAUUCGUGAAUCUCAACACGCCAAAGACUGAGCGACUAGAGAUGGCACCCUUUGGUCGUAAUGCGUCGUUCUCAUCAGUCGAUAUGGCUUUGCUGUACACGCAAAAGCCCAAGCUUGCCAGUCGAAUGUUCCAAGAAGCUAUGAGCGCUACCACGGCGAUGAAGACAAUCAGCCGUAGCGCUACGCAAAUCCUGCCCUGGUCUAAGCUGAACGAGGCUGUCAAGAUGUUGCAAGAUGCCAGUCACGAUAAACAGGUGGUAAUGGUGCCGCGGGAUAACGAUCAAGUUCUGGUUGCCCAAAGACCACCACCUACUGUCUUCUUCGAUUCAUCAGCUUCCUACCUCCUCGCUGGCGGUCUUGGCGGUCUUGGACGAAGCAUCUCGCAGUGGCUCGUCACGCACGGCGCAAAGCACCUCAUAUUCAUCUCUCGCUUCGGCGCAGUGUCGGAAGAAGCCCAAGCAUUCGUCGAAUCUCUCCACGCUUCGGGUGUCCGCACUGCCAUUUUGAAGUGUGACGUCUCUGACGCACUCGAGCUUUCCAACCUUCUCUCAGAAACCCUUCGCUCCUUCCCGCCCAUCAAGGGUGUAAUCCAAGGCGCAAUGACCCUCAACGACUCCCUCUUCAGCACAAUGACAUCGCAUCAAUGGACUUCGACUAUUCUUCCCAAAGUCCACGGCUCAAAGAACCUCCACGAGACCACCUUAUCCCAACCACUCGAAUUCUUCAUCCUCCUAUCCUCCCUACACUCCUUCAUCGGUAACCCUGGUCAAGCCAACUACGCCGCGGGCUGCGCCUACCAAGUCGCGCUAGCGAAAUAUCGCAACGCGCUAGGUCUGCCAGCUACAGCCAUCGAUCUCGGCAUCGUCGGCGACGUAGGUUAUGUAGUCGAGAAGAAGGUUCAAGGUCGCAAAGUGCAAGUCCAGGAGUUCAAACACAUCCAUGAGAAGGAGAUGUUGGCGCUCAUCGAGCUGGGCAUUCGCGAACCGAUGAUGGGGCAUGUGGUCACUGGUCUUGACUCCGAUCUCGACAUUAGUAGUCUGAACGAUGGAGAAGCGCCGUUCUUCGCACGGGAUCCAGUGUUGAGUCACUUGCCGUACUUGCGCCCGCAUCUCAAAAUCGAGACGCCAGCACACGCAUCCAAUGAUGGCACCACAACCACAUCGCUGUCCCUCUCCGCACAGCUAUCCUCUUUUUCUUCUGCCGGAGCAGCUAAGGAGUUCAUCAUUGCAGCGCUACUCAAGAAGCUGUCGCGCAGUCUGAUGAUGGAUGUGUCGGAACUGGAGGCGACUCGUUCGAUGAGCAGUUAUGGAACAGACUCGCUGGUGGCCGUCGAGAUUAAGAACUGGAUCCAGAGGGAAACGAAGGCUACUGUCAGUGUGUUUGAGAUCCUGCAGAGUGCAAGUAUUGGUGGUCUUGUGGAUGGUAUUGUCGGGAAGUUGGGAUUGGACGGUCAGUAGGCGGUGGCACCGGGGUUGGCUUGGUGAGAUGGCGCCAUGACGAGUACUGAUGGGGACGGCGGAGUUGGACUGGUACAUAUUCCCAUUUUCUUCCUUGAUGUAUUGAGGGUUGAUGUAAGUAAUGAGCGUUUUUCGUUCUCGAUAAUGACAUAUACCGUCGUGAUA